UUUCACCAAGAUUGCAUUUAAAAUAUACAUGAUUCUCUACGAUUGGCACAGAUGGGCAGAUCAAUGUUUGGAAAUAUGAAUUGAGAGAGUCUUAUGGUAAAAUGACAACGCAACUUCAAUUAGAUUGCUCUUUAUCUAUUGACUCUAAAGAGCUAUUGGCAGUUCCUAUUGACAAAGAUAAAUAUUUGGCUGUGUAUGAUGGAAAUCAAUUGAGAUUGUAUGAAUUUGACAAGGAAGAUUGCCAUUUGCAUCACAGUAAACCACUGGAACCAAACGAGAAGAACAAGCAGCUAUCAUUUCUACAUGUAUACAAUAUGGAAAAUCCAGAUACUGGGGAAAGAACAUUUUUGUUGAUAGGUAUCUCUGCUUCGCUAAAGACAAUCUCUACUUGGUAUCUGAUGGAUGGGAAUAUCACUUUUCGAGGAACAUCCAGCAUGCCAUGGGAUGCUGAUCCUAACAUCAGUAUUUCAGCAAGUCAAUGGGCUACUAAUACUGUCUCUAAACUGCUUUACCGGUUAAACAUGCAAGAAAAAGUGGCAUUAGUUGUUUUGCUUGGAGACCAAGUAGUGUUCUACAGUGUCGAUACAGAAAAGGACCAAGUGGAAUGGAAUGCGCUCUAUAGUCUAGAUGUAUCGCAAUUGGAAUCACCCAUUCAAUCGAUUCAGUGUGCACCUAAUAUAAUGGCUAUUGUAUCUGGACAAGAAUCCAACACAUUGAGUUUAUGGACAAAUAUGAGAACUAAUGUCGCUCCUAGUUGUACUACAACAUUGACGUUUGAUGAACCUAUUCGUCAUUUGGCAUGGAAUCUUACUUCAGAUGCACAAAAUAUUUUGGCUAUUGCAUUCCCAAAAAGAAUUGAGAUUUUCGGUCAAAAGAGAGCAUUCAACACUGCGUUGGAUCAGGAUACUUGGGUCUGUUAUACUAAAUUUAAUGUUGACACACCUGAAGAUAUUAAUGCCCUAACAUGGGUGGAUGUUGGUGUAUUGAUAGUUGCAGCAGGAAACCAGCUCUUAUCUUAUCUAAAAUGGCUAACGGAACAAGAUACUGUAGAGAAGUCUAUAAAACCACAUAUCAAUAACAAGCUGGAGCCCAUGUCAAGCAUUUUUGAUAUCUCUUAUGAAAUGAAUGGUCCUUUGCCUUUCUAUCAUCCCAACCAUCUUAUUCAUUAUAUUAUGUGGGGUAAAAUGGAUCUAGUUCAAAGUGUCUUAGUAUCUUUGUAUGAUUUCUUGAAACAGUUUGUAGACGAUGAAGAUAAUAACAUCAACGAGUUCCCUCUUUUAUCCUUUCCCAAAAUGCUCAAACUGCAAGAUGAACAAACCAAAAAAACGAAUCAGAAACAACAGUGUAUUGGAUUAUUUGAUGCUGAUGAAGACAACGAUGAUUCUGUUCAAGAUGAUGAUCAUGUUCGACAUUUAACCUUGAAUGAAGCUAAAAACUUGAUCCAUAGCCUCAAGUCAAAAUCAUUGCCUGGAUUAAAUGAGAAUGAAAAGACCCAUUUGAUAGCUAUGGUAAAUACGAUUGUUGAGAUUGCAGAUCAAGGAGAAGCUUUAGAUGAAAAUGGGGCUCGGUUUAUUGCCUUGUUAGAAAACUAUUUUCACCUAAAACAAGCAUUACCAGAAAAUCAAGAACAGCUUGAUUUAAAUCCUAAAGACUAUGUCUGGGCUUUGCAUAGUCAAUCUCAAGACUUGCUGUUGGAGAGAUGUAUUCGACUGUGCGGGGAAAAGUUUGUUUGGCAAGAUGCUCGAUCUCUGGGUAUGUUUUUUUGGCUUCAAAAGAUCGAUGUCGUGAGGAAUGAAAUGACACGUAUUGCUCGAAACAUUUACUUAUCCAAACAAGAUUACCGAGAUCCAAUUGAUUGUACACUAUUCUAUUUGGCUUUGAGAAAGAAACCCCUGUUGCAAGGACUAUGGAACUCGGCAGCACAUCAUAAAGAACAAGCAGCAAUGAAAAAGUUUCUGGCAAACGAUUUUAACGACCCUCGUUGGCAAAGAGCAGCUUCCAAGAAUGCAUUUGCGUUGCUAGGAAAGCAAAGAUUUGAGUAUGCUGCUGCUUUUUUCUUGUUAGCAGACAAGUUGAAAGACGCUAUCAAUGUCAUUUUGAAAAAUUUAAAGGAUUAUCAAUUAGCUAUUGCAAUUUGUAGAGUGUAUGAAGGUGAUCAUAGUCCACUUUUAAGAGAUAUACUAGAAAAUACCGUCAUACCAGCGGCAGUAGAAGCCAAUGAUCGUUGGUUGACUAGUAUGGCGUUUUGGCUACUCAACAAACAAAAAGAAGCAGUGAGAUCUAUGGUUGUGCCUCUAUCUCAAUUCACAGACAAGACGACAGAUACUUCAGAAGCAGAUUCUGCAGCCAUUGUUCAUGAUCCAAAUGCUUUUAUAUUAUACCAUUACCUGAAGCAACAUGUUCAGCAAACAUCCAUUGUGCCAUAUGACAUUGAAUACCGAUUCUCUUUAUUUGUAUCUCGAUCGUACGAGCGUUUAGGUUGUCCUUUAUUGGCACUUUAUAUUUUGACAAAAUACUAUAUGAAACCCCCUUCAACAGUCAAAAAAGAACCUGCCAAGUUGGAAAGAGCACAAGAUUUGUUUGAGGAACCAGAAACAAAACCAUCAUUUGUAACAGACUUUUUUGCUGACGAACCUUCGACAAAACCCUCCUAUAGUUCUGACUUAUUUGCAGAUGACAAUGAUUUAUUUGCAGAACCUAAAAAGCCUUCUUAUGCUAGUAACUUGUUUGAUGAUGACGAUGAUUUGUUUGAACCUAAAAAGACAACAUCUUCUGGUGGGCUAUUUGAUGAUGAACAGGAUUCGUUUACAGAGAAUCAAGACGAUAACAAAACAGACGAUUCUGUAAGAGAACAAGAUGGCUUGGAUGCCUACAAAGCUCUGCUUGUGAUUCGCUUGUUACAGACAUUUUUCCAUGCAGCCUCUGCACUCUAUAAUGGUUUAGAGGAACCAGACAAUGUGCAUGAAAUUGCAUAUCGAAGCAACUUUUUACUCAAUCGAAAAGCUAUUCUUGAUCUAGGAGCAUCCUUCAAAAUAUCCCCUGAUGUGUUGUCCCGCUUAUUGAUGGAAAAGAGUAUUGAAACAGACGUAUUCCCUCUCUAUCUGUACAUCUUAAAUGAGCAAGUACCUAAUAAUUUUGAUGUUCAUCAGUUCCUCCGUGCUUUUAAAGUCGGUUGCUUUGAAGUAAAUGAAGUGGCACUCAUGCCUCAAGAGCUUGAUUAUGCUACAUUAGCUUUUGUGGAAAACUGGACAGAUCAUGUUUUAAAGACCUUUUCUAUCUGGAGCAAUUUGCGUGCUCGUUACUGCAACCCCAAAUCAGCUUCAUUAAUGACACAUCAAAUUGUGCUUACAACGUAUCUCAGCAUGAUCUUGAUCACGCUUAAAGAACGUUAUUACGAAAAAUGCUGGACUCUGUUAUGCCAUUUCAAGUUCUUUUUAGAAGCACUUGGCUCCACAGAUAGUCUGAAAGCCCUCAAAAGCUGUCUUGCCCAACUUACCAAAAACGACAUCAAAAUGGCUGAAAUGACGCCUGAUGACUUUGAAAGCUUCUCUGAGGAAAGUUUGUUUGGUUAUGAUAUGCACGAAGAAGUCUAUAGACCAUUGAUUGACUCACAAGAUAAAGAAGCUGGUGCUAAUAUUUUAGAAAUUGCUUCUCUUCAUUUUGUGCUAUCCUCUAUUGAACACUCGAUGCAAUGCCAAGGUCGACAUAAUAGCCUAAGUGAGCAAUUAUCUGAUUUUACUUGGACCACACUGUUGGAUCCGGUUGCUUAUAGAGCUCAUUGCUUAAAGCAGACCAUUUCAAGACAGUUAGAGAACAACAUGACACGCCAUCAUGUCAUGAAGCAGUUCAAGACAUUGCGUCAAAAGAAGUUUUGGAGAUCUAUCAAAAGUCUGAGCUCAUUCGAUAGACUUCUACCAUUCAUCAAUGCCUCGGUAACCUUUGUCUGUGAAUGUGUUGGCAGCAGAUGAUCGUACUGAUUAUUCUCGCAGUGUCUAUCACUCUUCGAGCACUGCCUAUGGAUUCUGUCUAAAUUCGUCUGUGCGUGACACCAUGGCAGUUUGCAUGAAAUCUGAAAUUCAAGAAAUCGAUCUAACAAAAGCAAGCGAUAAUAUAGGCGCUCCUUUGAUUCGAACAAGAUCAAUUUCUUCUUCUGGAUUAGGACAAGAUCAUCACUUGGACAGCUAUC